UGUGCCAGCAGUGAGGCGAGUUGUCUGUUGUGUGGUGCCCAGCGUCAACUACAAAUACGAAAAAGCAAAAAAAUAAAAAUAAAACACACAAACCAAACAAAAUGGCCAAAUUCCUUCUUCUGGUUGUGGGCAUUGCAGCCCUGGCAGCAGCCACUCAGGGCGCCACAGCGCCGCAAUUGCAACGCCUGAUAGCCGAGGAGCAGAGCAAAUGCGCCAGCGGCCAAGACUCGAUGGCGUGCAUCAAAGAGCGUGCCAUGCGCUUCGUGGACAACGUGUUGAGCCAAGACAGCUUCAAGCUGUCCAACUUGGAGGUGCACACAAAUGGCCAGAAGGUGGCUCCGGUCAGCGAGGCACGCGCCAGCACCAGCGACGGCUUCCUGGAUGCCAUUGAGAACUACAUGAGCGGCCAUGAUGUCAGCCUCAAUCUGCCCUUGGCCGAUGCCAAGAUCACCGUCUCGGCACGCAAUCUGGCCAACGACGAGCUGAGCUUGAAUCUGCAGCUGAACAAUGACAAUGCCAGCGAUAUCGAAGCCAGGGGUAAGAAGGGCAACAUCUUCAAGAAGGGCAAGAAGCACCGUCUACGCAAGCUGGCCAUGCCCAUUCUGGUGCUCAUUCUGCUGAAGGCCAUCACCGUGAUACCCAUGGCAAUUGGCAUACUGAAGAUCAAGGCGUUCAAUGCGCUCGCCCUCGGCUUCUUCUCCUUCAUUGUCUCGGUUGGUUUGGCCAUUUUCCAAUUGUGCAAAAAGAUUGCGAAUGAUCACCAUCACACCGCCCACAUCACCGCCCACGGACCGUGGGACGGCCGUAGCUUUGGCGCCGCGCUGCCCGCCGCCGUCGUGGAGCAGCCCCAGCAACAGGCCCAGGAGCUGGCCUACCAGGCCUAUGCCUAAUUCCUGAAGCCGCAAAAGCAGGCCACAAAAAUGUUGUUGAUUGUUAGAAAAUGAAAAUUGUUUUUGUUUUUUUGUGACUUGAUUUGAGCGCAUUCUUUAGACACCCCCCUCUAUAUAUAUGUAUAUGUAAUAACUAUUUAUUUAUUUAUUGAA